AUGGGACAGUCCACCUCCAAACGCAGGAAGGCGUCCACCGGGGUCCCGCCCUGCGUCGGGUUCUCGGCCAGUGAAGAGGGGCCUCCUCGGUACUCCCCUCAGCAGUUCCACGCCAGAAACCAGCAGCAGGACGGAGGCCGACAGAUUCCUCCAACCAUCGUCGUGUCUGAUGAGGAUUCGAGCGUUCUGUCGGAGCACCGCGGCUCCAGGAUGGAGCUGCGCCGCUCCUCCUUCUACAGCACCAUGGACCUGGUUCCCCAGCUGGAGCACUACGCCAGCGCCCUGCCGUCCCAGCAGGCCCGGAGCCGGCCGUCGCUGGAGGCCCUGCGCCGAUCCUCCGAGGAGGUGGAGGUUGGAACAGACGCGGCGAACAACGUCGACGGUCUGUCGGUCGCUGACGGCGCCACCGAGGAGUCUCCGGGUCCUCGGGAGAAAGCGCCCGUCAGAUUCGGCUGGGUCACCGGGGUCAUGAUCCGCUGCAUGCUGAACAUCUGGGGGGUCAUCCUGUUCCUCCGCCUGUCCUGGAUCACGUCUCAAGCCGGAAUCUUGCUGACCUGGGUCAUCAUCCUGAUGUCGGUGACCGUGACCUCGGUGACGGCGCUCUCCAUCUCCGCCAUCGCCACCAACGGCAGAGUCAUCUCAGGAGGGGCAUACUUCAUGAUCUCUCGCACGCUUGGUCCUGAGAUCGGCGGGCCCAUCGGGGUGGUCUUUUCCUUCGCCAACGCUCUGGCCUGUGCGCUCAACACGGUGGGCUUCGCCGAGGUGGUCCGCGACCUUCUGCAGGAGCUCGGCGUGGUCAUGGUGGACUCCACCAACGACGUCCGUAUCGUGGGUGUGGUGACCGUCACGGCUCUGCUGCUCAUCUCGCUGGCCGGGAUGGAGUGGGAGUCCAAGACCCAGUAUUUAUUCUUCAUGGUUCUCAUGGUCUCGCUCUCCAACUACUUUGUGGGAACCAUCGUCCCUCCCAGUCAGGAGAAACAGGCCCAGGGCAUCUUUGGGUACCACAGUGAAAUAUUCAUUACAAACCUCAAACCCAACUGGAGAGGACCCGAAGGCAACUUUUUCCAGAUGUUCGCCAUAUUCUUCCCGUCUGCCAUCGGCAUCCUGUCUGGUGCCAACAUCUCUGGAGACCUCAAGGACCCUGCGACCGCCAUUCCCAAAGGAACCCUCAUGGCCAUUUUCUGGACCACAGUCAGCUAUUUGGGGAUUUCUCUGACAGUUGGCUCCUGUGUGGUUCAGGAUGCUUCUGGAAACGUGAGCGACACUCUGACGGGAAACAUCAGCGACGGCUGUCUGGGGCCGGGAUGCAGCCUCGGCUGGAACUUCACCGACUGCAUCCAGACGAAGUCCUGCAAAUACGGUCUGGCCAACAACAACAAGGUGCUGGGACAGGUCUCUGGGUUCCACUACCUGAUCACAGCCGGAGUGUUUGCUGCCAGCUUGUCGUCUGCUCUUGGAUUUCUGGUCUCUGCGCCGAAAGUCUUUCAGUGUCUGUGCAGAGAUAAAAUAUACCCCUACAUUGGAUUCUUUGCAAAGGGUUAUGGGAAAAACGACGAGCCGCUCCGGGCCUACGUGCUCUGCUACAUCAUUGCCGUGGCCUUCAUCCUCAUCGCUCAACUCAACACCAUCGCCGCCUUGAUCUCCAAUUUCUUCCUGUGCUCCUACAGUCUCAUUAACUUCAGCUGCUUCCACGCCUCCAUCACCAACUCCCCCGGGUGGAGACCGUCGUUCCACUACUACAGCAAAUGGACGGCGCUGUUUGGAGCGGUGAUCUCCGUGGUCCUGAUGUUCCUCUUCACCUGGUGGGCCGCUCUCACCACCUUCGUCAUCAUCUUCUUCCUGUUUGGAUACGUCAAUUACAACAAGCCCAAGGUCAACUGGGGGUCGUCCGUCCAGGCUGGGACCUACAACCUGGCUCUGUCCUACUCUGUCUCCCUGUCCGGGGUGGAGGACCACGUGAAGAACUUCAGGCCUCAGUGUCUCGUCCUCACCGGACCCCCGAACCAGAGACCGGCCCUGGUGGACUUCGUGGGCUCCUUCACCAAACACAUCAGCCUCAUGAUCUGCGGAGACAUCGUCACGGAGCAGGACCGGCAGACGCAGCCGCAGGAAGCCGCAAACUCCUCGCUCAAGUGGCUGAACGAGAGGAAGGUGCGCUCGUUUUACACGCCCUUCAGCGCCGACAGCCUUCGGGUUGGAGCUCGACACCUGCUGCAGGCUUCUGGCCUCGGAAAGCUGAAGCCCAACACCCUGGUCCUGGGCUUUAAGGCAAACUGGAGGGACAGCUCUCCUGAGAGCAUCGAAGACUAUAUCAACAUCAUAUACGAUACCUUUGACUGCAACUACUGUCUGUGCAUCCUGAGGAUGACGGAGGGCCUGGACGUCUCCGAGCAGCCCGGCUUUGCAGUGAAUCCGGGCUUCGAGCCUGACGACUACGUUGGAAAUGAGCAGCAGCAUUCUCCUGGAAGGGAAUCGGCAGCUGAUAACACGUCUGAGAGAGGCCACAGCGGCCAGAUGAAGACGGUGUUCCAGAAGGACCAGGGGAAGAAGACCAUCGACGUCUACUGGAUCGCUGAUGACGGAGGUCUCACCUUACUGGUUCCUUACCUGCUGACCCGGAGGAGACACUGGAGGAGCUGCAAAGUCAGAGUCUUCAUCGUGGGAGACGAAGAAAACAUGGAGGAAGGCCGCGACGAGAUGAUGGCUCUGCUGAAGCGCUUCCGUCUGGAUUUUAAUGACGUUACAGUCAUGACGGACAGCGAGAAGCCGCCUCAAGCCAAACACCUCGGCAGGUUCGUGGACAGCGUCGCCCCCUUCAGGCUGUUCGACGAACAGCAGGACGGCAUUUCUGCCGAGGAGCCGAGGCGGAAGGCCGCGGGGAAGAUAUCGGACAAGGCGUUUGAAGCCUUCAGACUGAAGUCGGAGAGGAAAGUGCGUCUGAAUGAAAUCAUCCGCAGGAAUUCGCAGCACACCGCCCUGGUGCUCGUGAGUCUUCCCGUGCCGCACAGCGACUGCCCCAGCGCGCUCUACAUGGCCUGGCUGGACACGCUGACCUUUGGCCUCCACUGUCCGGCGGUGCUGAUUCGAGGAAACCAGCAGAACGUCCUGACGUUCUACUGCCAGUGAAGUCUGGCCGGCAGGAGCCUGCA